AAGUAUUUCGGUUCGCCUCAGUCACAAUUUGUAUCUCUAUCUGGUUGUAUCGUGGUCGUGGCACGUUCAUCGAUAAAAAUAUUAUAAAAAUAAUUUUAAAAAAUAUCAAACUUUGUCCGCUGAGCUAAGAAAGAGAGAGAGCGAGAGCAAGCGAGAGUUUGACGAGAAAAACACACUCUUUUUGUUUUGAUGCAGCACGAAGCACGACCGACUCGACGGUAUUCGUUCGACAGAGCUGGAGAAAAUCCUAAAUCUUUAUAUCUUUUUUCUGUUUUCGACUUCCAUCACCAAUUCUUGUUUUGAUUUUUCUGUCCGUAUCUACUAAAUUUUAUCGUCGUAUUUGUUUUUUGUUUAAAUUUCUUCUUGGUCUUUUUUGGUGUUGAUUUUGUUGCAUUGCAGCAAUUUCUAAUAAUUUUAUUUUGUUGUUGUUGUUUUUCCUUCUAAAUGCGUGUAUAUAGAUUUCUUGUCUAAUGUUGCAUAAAUAAAAUAAAUACCGUUAAACGUCAAUCGGUUACGGUGGGUAAUUUAGUUUGUAUAUAAAUUGGCAAAUUGAAUUAGACACAAAAUAAAAAUAAGUACACCAGGUACAUCACGACACACGAAGAAAAAAGUUGGCUAAUUUAUUUAUUUUGUUUUCGGUGUUGACAACAACAAACCCCACGACUACCGUACCGACCGACAUCUCUUUAGUUCGUAUUUUUAGUUGUUGUUGUUAUUAUUGUUGUUUUUAACCUCUCCGUCUUCAUCCAACGACCAGCAACGACGUUAACGUUAUGGUGCAGUUAAUUUUCAAGCCAUACACCUAUUACCUAAAUCUAAUGCAAGUGUAUUUAAUAGUUUCAUUGAAUGUAGUUUAAAGUGCAACAAAAAAUAAAAAAUUGUGUAACGUUUGCUUAAAAAGUGAAGAAAAUUAUAAUACGGGUCCCUCAGUGAAUCCCUAAAGUAAAAAGAUCAAUGUUUUGAAAACAACAAGAAUCCAAAUAAAAAAAUCCCACCCAUAAAAAGGAUUUUUCGUCCUGUGGAAUUUGGAAUUGGAAAAAUCAAUAUCAGUAGCUGCCCACAUCUUCAUAACAUAGAAGAAUUAAACAAAAAAAAAACAAAAACAAGAGAUUUUCUUAUGUAAAAAAAAUUGACAACACAAAUUACGAAUUAUUCAACAGAAACGUAAUCUAAAUGCAGGGCUCAAUGCGCUUCAUACUGGAAUAUCAUCAAAGUUAACGAAGCAGCGACAGCAGCAGCAGCAGAAGAAGUUGAAAGAUAUUUUUUUUUUUUUUAUAAAAACCACUUAAGCAGUAUCUGAGCAACAGCAGCAUCAGCAGCUCUUAAAACUUAAUAAAAACCUUUAAAGAAAUUAAAAACAAAGUCUGAUGGAGUCCAAGGAAUUGCUGCUCUUAGUCGUUUGUCUAGUUAUCCUAUUCACCGGCCAUCAGCGUCGUGUCGUUUAUGGAAUGUCAACUGUAAGCAAAGACUUCGAGCAAUAUUUACGAACGAUAAAUUCAUCUACGGCCACAAUACCAAAUGUUGAGGAACGUGUUAUCGUUGAUAUUUAUACGUUGGCCUAUCUCAAUUAUACGUACAUGGAUAAGGACGAACAAGUUGUGAGCUUUUCGGAAGAGAAGGCUCGGUAUGGUGAGGGGAAGAUUUUAAAUGUCAAAGGAUUAUUGGUACAUGUGACGAAUCGAAAUGACAUGCGGAAUGACAAAGCUUGUGAUCCUGAUAUAAUGGGUACACUUUUGAAUCCUUUCCCGACGGAACAAUGGAUAGCAUUGGUGCGGAGGGGGGAGUGUACAUUCGAGGAUAAGGUGAAGAAUGUUGCAGCAAAGGGAGCAGUUGGAGUUAUUAUUUUCAAUGACAGACCGGUGAUGAAUUUGGAGAAGAUGCAGAUCAAGGACAAGAGUCGUAACAUCACAGCUGUUAUGACCUAUCAGGAAAUCGGCCAACACAUGGCUGACAUCCUAGACCAAGGAAUCGAAAUAAAGGCAUCAAUUAAUAAGGGCAGAAGUGGAACUCGACCGAUAAAUACAUUGAAUAAAACUUCAGUGCUUUUUGUAUCGAUUUCUUUCAUAGUCCUCAUGAUAAUAUCUCUCGUUUGGCUAAUAUUCUACUAUAUCCAAAGAUUUAGAUAUCUACAAUCAAAGGACCAACAAUCCAGACACCUUUGUUCAGUAACCAAAAAAGCCAUAAUGAAAAUUCCAACAAAGACUGGCAAAAGCAACGACAAAGAUGGCGAUAGCGAUUGUUGUGCCAUCUGUAUCGAAGCAUAUAAAUCAUCAGACUGUAUACGGGUACUUCCGUGCAAACAUGAAUUCCAUAAAAACUGCAUCGAUCCAUGGCUAAUUGAACAUCGCACCUGUCCGAUGUGCAAAUUAGAUGUACUCAAAUUUUAUGGCUAUGUGAUUAUGGAUAGCCAAGAAAGUAUUAUGGAACUUGAAGGUUCCUACUUUGAUAAUACUUCAGUCAUGAUUGACAUGUCCCUCCCAAAUUCACCAACAUCACUAGAUGCUCCAAUCGCUGGAAAUGUUCUUCAGCAAAUCGAACAAUGGGAACAACGACUGAGUCGAUAUAACAUCAAUCCACCACCACUAUUGUUUCAUAACAACAAUUUGCCAGAACGUUCACAAUCAUCGCUGUCAUUUUUGAAUGAAAACAAAUCAGUCAACAGCACCUGCAUGACAAAUAAACUGGGACUUCAACAUGGAAUUGUUCAGACAAUGCGAAAAGUCUCUCGUACAGAAGAUUCAAUAAAAUUCUCGGAUACAGUUAAAAAACGUCGAUCUCGUUCAGCUGACAGCAGAUUCAGCCAGAGUAUGUCCCUUCCGAAUACAGCUUAUCAAAAAUUGACUGUGGACUUGAACACGAUGCCAUCUACGUCACGGGAAUCUAGAAAAACAAUGCGUGUUAUACCUGUACUCGAUCCGGAACCAGAAGUUAAAAUACAAGUUAACGGGAAAGGAGUCGACAUAUAAAUGAGGAGCUUCCAUAACUAUGUAUAACCUUGGGCUGUGUCUACCAAAGUGAUAAGAAAGGUUGAGCUAAAAAGCUAUUAUUCAGUUGUACCUAUGUUUACCUAAUAAUAUACAUAAGCUUUUAUGUUAUAUUUUCUAUAUUAUAUUACCUAUUAAUUUAUAAUCUGGCAGUUUUCUCAUUUUAUAUCAAAAUUAUACACAAAAUAUUUAUUUUGAUAUUUUCAAUUAAUUUUGUUUAAAAUUUUUGAUAUGAAAUGAGUAUUUGUCGUUAUUUGAAAAACAGAACU